GAUUCUGAAGACUUUAGUCUCAAAGGAUAUGACAUUGCCGCCAAAGCAGUUGUUGAAUUGAAAGAUAGCUCUUACUGCCUGGUGUUUGUGGGCGCUCCCAUUGGGAAACAAGACGAAGUCGUCCAAAACCUGCUUCAGACUGGAAUUGCUAAAGACCAGCUUAUUGUCAGAGCGUUUGUGCAGAGCAAGGAAAGGUUAAAAGAAUUGUUUUGUGAGGUUGACCUUGCCAUUAUGCCAUCCAGAACAGAAGGUUUUGGAUUAACAGCUCUGGAGGCGUUGUCUGCUGGUCUCCCCAUUCUAGUGAGUGGCAAUUCAGGAUUCGCACAUGCAUUACGCGAUUUACCAUCAGGAAAAUCGUUUGUGGUGAAUUCCAACGACCCCAUGGAAUGGACGAAAGCAAUUGCUGCUGUUCGGCAAAAAGGAAGAGUGCAACGUCUUCAAGAAAUUCAAACUUUGCGUGCAAGCUACGAAGAGAGGUACAACUGGGAGGAGCAGUGUGGAGCCCUUGUUGAGAAGAUGUGGAAUAUGGUCCAGGGUAAGUGCUUUGUCAAAGUACUAUUAUAA